AUGUCCUCAUCUAGAUCACUGGAGAAUGCGCUCGACGUUUCAUCAUCCUCUGAGAGUCUCUCCGAAGACGACGGCGAGGAAGGCUGGCAAGACGAAGAGAAUGAUGAAUUGCCUGACACAUUUGUAUCAUUAUAUGACAAUGACAAAUUUGACAGUGUGAUCGCGAUGUUCCAACAUUGCAAGGCUAAGUAUGAUUUUGACAUCUGGGCGAUUCAACAAAAGUUCGAUCUUGAUUUUAUAGGUCUCGUCAAGCUUGUAAAUUAUGUCCGCAAAUCAGUAGCGGGAGGAGAUCUUGACCCAGAUGUUUCGCGCAAGGCAUUGUUCGAGGACGAUUUUUACCUCCUACCUGUAAUGGAAAGUGACGCCGUUCUGUACAACCUUGAAGAAAUACUCAUGGCGAGCAGAACAGCCGGUAAGAGUGAACUGGAAGAACUGAAAGACCAGAUGGCGGCUCUACAGUCGCGUUUUGAUGCCUACAGAGACGAAGUAUCGAAAUUCCUCGAUCAGAAACUCAUGGCAGACGCAGCCAACUCGAUACCGUCGAACGGCGAAGAUCCGUCUGUCGACGGCCUUAAGCGAAAGGACGAUCGAGAUGCGGACUAUUUCCAUGGUUACUCCUUCAACGCUAUUCACGAGACGAUGCUCAAAGAUCGUGUAAGGACAGAUGCUUAUCGAGAUUUCAUCUAUGACAACAAAGACAUCUUUCAGGACAAGGUUGUGCUUGACGUGGGCUGCGGCACGGGUAUUUUAUCGAUGUUCUGUGCCAAAGCUGGAGCCAAGCAGGUCAUUGCUGUGGACAACUCAAAUAUUAUCCACACUGCAAGAGAGAUCAUACGCGGUAAUGGCCUUGAUGACAGGAUACAAUGCAUCAAAGGCAAGAUAGAAGAGGUUCAGCUACCAGUUGGCCAGGUUGACAUUAUAGUAUCGGAGUGGAUGGGCUACUGUUUGCUCUUUGAAUCGAUGCUCGACUCAGUCAUCUAUGCACGAGACCGCUACCUAGCACCAGGAGGGUUGAUGGUUCCCAGCCAUGCCGCACUAGUGAUUGCUCCCGUGGCCGAUUCGGAAAUUCGACAGACCCAUAUUGACUACUGGGCCGAUGUGUACGGCUUUGAUAUGCGGCCGAUGAUUCCACGAGCAAGCGAAGAAUGCCUGAUCAGAACACUGAACAAGGACGAUGUUUCUGGUGAGGGAACCAGUUUCAAGAUGUUGGACUUACACAAGGCGAAUGUGAGCGACUUGAGUUUUGUGUCUAAAUUCCAGCUGCAGCCUGCAACUUCCUCAGAGACGCUCGAUGGAUUUGCGAUAUGGUUCGAUACCUUCUUCAUCAGGAGCCCAAACAACGACAGCAGUGACUUGAGCAUCGAGAAUGCUAAAACGAAGGGUAUAGUUACUCUAUCGACUUCUCCGUAUACAGAAUUUACACACUGGGAGCAAGGUGUCUGUUUCGUUGACCGCGGAGGCAGGCUCCUAGAGGGAAAGGCCGUGCACGGAACCGUAGCAUUCAACAAAUCACAAACCGACUCUCGUGGACUGGACAUCCAGAUCCAAUGGCAGAUUGGGGGCUCAGAUGCGCAGACUCAAUCAUGGCGAUUGUAG